AGAGGGAGCGAGUAGAGGCGAAGAAAAGCCAGACGCGGGAGAGGAGGCAGAAGACCGCUGGCAGGGGGAAGGAAGUCAGAGAGGAGGGAAACGUAGGGAGAGGGAUAAGGACCCCUCCUCCCCGCGGAGAGACGACUUCCCAUGUAGCUAGGGAUAGAGGGGGAAGCUGGCGCUCAGGAACAGUGAGAGAAGCUCUCACAAGCAAGUUACUUAAUUCCGGGAGAGCGGCGGGAAGAGGGCACAGCAGCAAUCACUGAUCAGAACCACUAUUCCCAGCCCCUCAUCAUUUAACCCCCGGGUGGUUCAAUGCACUACUCCAAGCUCUUCCUAGUUUCUUCCUCGGGCUAACUUCGGAGGACGUACCGCCGGAGCGGCCCGGAGGGGAGGACAAGGGCCUCGGAAGAAGGAAGGAGAAGUUUUGUGGGGGUUGCGUGCAGAGGAGAAGAUGGGCUGGAAGCGCCGCUGUUGCUGGGGAGGCGGAGGCGGCGGGGACCUUCUCUGCCGGCUCACCCUGGUGCUGGGGUUCCUGCUGCCCGCCUGCAGGACGCGCCUCUACACCAACCACUGGGCUGUGCGGAUAACCGGGGGGCUCCCGGAGGCCAACAGGAUAGCGAGCAAAUACGGAUACGUCAAUAUAGGACAGAUUGGAACAUUGAAGGACUACUACCACUUCUACCAUAGUAAAACAAUUAAAAGGUCAGUUCUCUCAAGUAGAGGUACCCACAGCUUCAUUUCAAUGGAACCAAAGGUGGAGUGGAUACAACAGCAGGUGGUUAAAAGAAGGAUAAAGAGGGAUUAUAAGCCUGGCGGUACCCAAUCCACUUAUUUCAAUGAUCCCAAGUGGCCAAGCAUGUGGUACAUGCACUGCAGUGACAACACCCACCAUUGCCAAUCAGAUAUGAAUAUAGUAGGUGCUUGGAAGAGAGGUUACACUGGAAAGAAUGUUGUGGUCACCAUCCUGGAUGACGGCAUUGAAAGAAACCACCCAGACUUGAUGCAGAAUUAUGAUUCGCAAGCCAGUUUUGAUGUAAAUGGAAAUGAUUUUGACCCUAUGCCUCGAUAUGAUGCCAGCAACGAGAACAAGCAUGGAACCCGUUGUGCUGGAGAAGUGGCAGCCACGGCAAACAACUCACACUGCACAGUAGGAAUCGCCUUUAAUGCCAAGAUUGGAGGUGUACGGAUGCUGGAUGGAGAUGUGACAGAUAUGGUGGAAGCAAAGUCCCUAAGCCUUAAUCCCCAGCACAUCCACAUCUACAGUGCCAGCUGGGGGCCCGAUGACGACGGUAAGACCGUGGAUGGACCCGCUUCUCUGGCCCGUCAGGCCUUUGAGAACGGCAUCAGAAUGGGACGAAGAGGCUUAGGUUCAGUCUUUGUUUGGGCUUCUGGAAAUGGUGGAAGAAGUCGAGACCACUGCUCCUGUGAUGGCUACACCAACAGCAUCUACACUAUCUCCAUAAGCAGCACAGCUGAAAGUGGAAAAAAGCCGUGGUAUCUGGAAGAAUGUGCAUCCACACUAGCUACAACGUACAGCAGUGGAGAAUCCUAUGACAGGAAAAUAAUUACUACAGACCUGAGGCAGCGUUGCACAGAUAGCCAUACUGGAACCUCAGCCUCUGCACCUAUGGCUGCAGGCAUCAUUGCCCUGGCACUGGAAGCAAAUCCAUUUCUGACCUGGAGAGACGUACAGCACAUUAUUGUCAGGACUUCACGUGCAGGACAUCUGAAUGCUAAUGACUGGAAAACCAAUGCAGCUGGUUAUAAGGUGAGCCACCUUUAUGGAUUUGGACUGAUGGAUGCUGAAGCAAUGGUGACAGAAGCAGAAAAGUGGACAACGGUGCCUCCACAGCAUGUGUGUGUGGAGAACACAGAUCGGCAAAUCAAAACAAUACGACCUGACAGCAUUGUCCGUUCAAUUUACAAAGCCACUGGCUGUUCAGAUAAUCCUAACCACCAUGUGAUCUACUUGGAGCAUGUUGUUGUACGUAUCACUAUUACUCACCCUCGACGUGGAGACUUGGCAAUUUACCUAACCUCUCCUUCUGGAACUAGGUCACAGCUCUUGGCCAACAGGCUAUUUGAUCAUUCCAUGGAAGGAUUCAAAAACUGGGAGUUUAUGACUACUCACUGCUGGAGUGAAAAAGCAGCAGGUGAUUGGAUCUUGGAAAUCUGUGACACUCCAUCUCAGCUGAGAAAUUUCAAGACUCCAGGCAAAUUGAAAGAGUGGUCCUUAGUACUGUAUGGAACAUCCAUCCAGCCUUACUCACCAAGAAAUGAUUUUUCCAAAGUGGAAAGAGUGCGCUCCAGUCCAGUUGAAGACCCUACAGAAGAUUAUGCAACAGAUGACUAUUCAGGUCCCUGUAAUGCAGAAUGCAGUAAAGUAGGGUGUGAUGGGCCAGGACCAGAUCAUUGUACUGACUGUCUGCAUUAUUACUACAAAUCUAAAAACAACACAAGGAUCUGUGUUUCGACCUGCCCACCUGGUCACUACAAUGCAGACAAGAAACGAUGUAAAAAAUGCUCACCCAAUUGUGAAACCUGUGUUGGAGGCCAUAGUGACCAGUGCAUGACCUGUAAAUCUGGCUACUACCUGAAUGAAGUAACCAAUAGCUGUAUUACCAACUGCCCUGACGGGUUUUACCUGGACAAGAAUAAGAUUGUUUGUCGUAAAUGUAGUGAAAACUGCAAGACCUGUGUUGAAUUCCAAAUCUGCACAGAGUGCAAGCAUGGACUAAGUUUGCAUGGCACCAGAUGCACUAUCCGCUGUGAAGAAGGGAAAUACCAUAAUGGCAGAGAAUGUGAGCCAUGCCACCGUUCCUGUGCAACAUGUGCAGGUGCUGGAGUAGAUGCCUGUAUAAACUGCACACAGGGUUACUUUAUGGAAGAUGGAAGAUGUGUGCUCUCCUGUAGCAGUGGUUACUACCUUGAUCACUCUGCUGAAAGUGGAUACAAAAGCUGCAAAAGAUGUGAUGCCAGCUGUUUGGAUUGCAGUGGCCAAGGAGACAGAAACUGUACAAGCUGUCCAAGUGGCUAUAACCUAGACACUGGUGUCUGUGUCAUUGGAACAGUAUGCAAGGAUGGCGAAUAUCUUGAUGAUUCCCAAGAAUGCCAGUUGUGUGACACAUCCUGUCAGAAAUGCAUUGGACCUGAGCCAGACAACUGCAUCAGCUGCCCACUCACAAGAGUCUUUGAUGACGGGGGCUGUGUUGUGCAGUGCCCCAGGGGAAAGUUUGAAUUCAAGCAGCACUGUCACCUGUGCCAUCACACCUGCCUGGACUGCGCUGGCAGUGAGCCUAACAAAUGCACCGCUUGUGGAACAGACAGCAGAGGGGUGGAACGUUUCCUGUACCAUGGGGAGUGCAGAGACCAUUGUCCUCCAGGCCACUUCCACUUGGAGCACACCUGCGUGCCUUGCCCUGGCCACUGCGAGGUGUGCCUGAACUCCAGCCACUGCAAAAGGUGUUCCAGAGGCUACUACCUUGCUCAAAACGUGUGUGAGAAGCACAGCUGUAGAGAAGGUGAAGUGGAAGAUCCUGACUCUGAAGACUGCAUACCAUGUUCAGAUGGAUGCCAGAGCUGCAGACAGGAUGAUCCAAGAAUUUGUAUAACAUGCAUUCAAAACUAUUACAUGUAUGAGCAGCAUUGCUAUAAAUACUGUCCAGAAAACACCUACAGAGAUGAAAGUUCUUGGCAGUGCAGAGAUUGUCCUAGCAGCUGUGACAGCUGUGACAAGGACGGGUGUGACUGGUGCAAGGAAGGCUUCUAUCUCUCAGAUGGCACCUGUGUGAGUGAGUGUGGAGAUGGCUUCUUUGCUGAUGGCAUCUCCAGAGAGUGUGAGCCCUGCCACAGGAGCUGUGUGACCUGUGCUGGGCACAGCUACCAGGACUGCACUGCGUGCAAAGACAGUUUCCAGCUGUCUCAUGGGCAGUGCCUGAACCCAAGAAAUUCUCUGCCAGGUGGGAAGUUAUGGAGGGAUGGAAAUAGAAAAUUGCUGUCCUGUGACUCUUCGUGUUUGACCUGUGAGAAAUCUGCUGACGUGUGUACUUCAUGUCUGAAAGGAAAAUUUCUUAUCCGUGACAGAUGUGUUUCUCUGUGCCCUUCAAAAUAUUUUGGCAACAUUGCAAGCGGAAAGUGUGAGGAGUGCGGGCAGGACUGUGAGGUGUGCUCUGACCAGUGGCACUGUCAGAAGUGUCAGGCUGAACAGAACCAGCCGCUCUUCCUCCACAAAGGCAGAUGUUUACAGGAGUGCCCUGAGGGAUAUUUUAAUGAUUCUGAAACUUGCAAGGAAUGCAGUGGAUCCUGUAAGACAUGCAUAGGAAGUGCCACCCAAUGCCUGUCCUGUAAAAGUCCUUUGCUUCUGGAGCACUGGGAAUGUAAAUCUACUUGUUCAGAGAAGCAUUUUCCCUCUGAAGGAAUCUGCAAACAUUGCCCUGAAAUGUGUCAGGAAUGUAUUCACAAUGAAAUAUGCACAGAGUGUAUGGAUGAGUUUUUCCUGCACGACGGGAAGUGUGUACAGGAAUGCCCUUCACGCUUCUACCCUGAAGACAAGCACUGCUUUCCCUGCCAUGCCGACUGCAAGGACUGCAAUGGGCCAGAGUCUGAUGACUGCACAGCAUGCACUUACAGCGUAUUUUACCUCUACAAUGGCAUGUGUUUUAAAGAGUGCCCUGAGGGGAGUUACUAUGAAGAAGCCACCAAAGACUGCCAAGCAUGCAACAGGACAUGCCAGACUUGUUCCUCUUCCACCACCUGCCUAACUUGCAGAAAUGGGUGGAUAUUGAACCAUGAUGGGCACUGUAUGUUAUCUGGAUACUGUCCUCCCACUGAGUACUACCUUGAGGAAAUUCAGACCUGCAAAUCUUGCCACAAGAAAUGCUUCCACUGCUCAGGACCUACUGAACACCAGUGUCUUAGCUGUGCAAAUAACCGGUAUCUUCUCAACAGAACCUGUGUUGAAACAUGCCCAGAUGGAUAUUAUGCUGACAGCACAGAGAGGCAAUGUUCUGCAUGCCACAGCACCUGUGACACUUGCACUGGGAAACACAGCUCACAGUGCCUUUCCUGCAAACUGGGUUGGUACAGACAAGGAAAAGGAUGUGUAACCCAUUGUCCAGCAGGGUAUUUUGCACAAAAUUCCACUGGAUCAUGUGAGAGGUGCCACAAGAGUUGUAAGGAGUGUACGGGGCCUCGAGCCACAGACUGUCUUUCCUGUAAUACGUAUUUCUACCUGCUGCACGCCACGAACGAAUGUGUUAGCUCUUGUCCUCAGUACUACUAUGGCAACAAGGACAACAACAUCUGUGAGAGAUGCCACUCUUCCUGUUUAACUUGUGACGGGAAGGGAGCACUCAGCUGCACAUCUUGUGUAUGGAGCUACAGUUUAUUAAAUGGAAUGUGCAACUCAGACUGUUUUGUAGGUGAAUACAAAGUCCAGGAGACUCCAGGACAGAAGGAGAGCGAACCCAAGUGUGAGAGAUGUGACAGCUCAUGCGUUGAGUGCAAGGGACCUGGUCCUCUCAACUGCACAGUCUGUCCAGCCAGCAUGCAGCUCUUCCUGGAGGAAAGCCGCUGCCUGCCCUGCUGCAGCAACACUGACCCAGCAGAAACCCCAGAGUGCUGUGACUGCAGUGAAACACAAGAUGACUGCGUAUUACUGACAACUCUACCACCUGGACAAAAAAGCAAAACUAUUUUAUUUGUUAUCACUUGCAUUUUGCUUCUGCUUAUCAUUGGAGCCAUUGUAUUCAUCUGGAGAAAGGCACGAACCAAAACUCAGCCUGUCAAUAAAGGACGAUAUGAGAAGCUGACAAAUCACUCCAAAACCUUUCCUUCCUCUGCGAGCAACUAUCACAAGAAUCCCAGUUACCAUGAGGAUCAAGUGAUUGAAUACAGAGACAGAGAUUAUGAAGAUGAUGAUGAUGAAGAUGACAUUGUAUAUAUGGGCAAGGAUGGCACAAUUUAUCACAAAUUUAAAUAUGGACUUUUGGAGGAUGAUGAGGAAGAUGAGCUAGAAUAUGAUGAUGAAAGUUACUCAUUUAGAUAACUUUUUACUAGUUUACUAACAGUAAAUUAGUCCUAUUCUACUGUUUUCCUAUGAAAUUAUAGCUAUUUAGUUAAUAUGUUUUGUUACUGGAUAGCAUCCUGACCUCCAAUUUUUUUGCUAUUAAUUAUUGUGAAAGAAGAAUAAUUUCUAGAAGUAUUUCUAGAAAUUCCUUUUUUCUAAAUAAAUCUUUUCUAGGCUGUUAAGUAGCACUCUGGAUAUAAUCUGGUUAAGAGACCAAGUUUCUAUGCAUUUGUGUGGAGAAUAAUCCUUUCCCAAUAUGUAUUUGUGUAACUAACACAAACUUUUCUUCAGACCUUUUUGAAGAACCCUGCCAAUCACUACUAGAAAUGUGAUAAGCAUGAUGGGUGCAUCUACUUGAUGAAUACCACUGGGAGAGGAUGCCAGUAGUUCACUAAUUUGUAAUUAGAGUUACUCAGCAAUUCAUAAUAGAAGAGGCAACUUGGAGGAAUUUACUUAGAUUUUAUUCAUAAUCACCUGGUGUUCCCUGAACAUAAUCUUCAUAAUCUUUACAGCAUAAUUUCCUGUGAAUUCAUGUAUCUAUGACAUGAUAUUUUAAGACUUAGGAUUCUAACUACUUCUCAUAACUAUAUCUUAUUCACAGUUUGUAUGAAAUAGAUGAAAAAUAUUUUAUAUAUCAGCCUCUGAUCAAUCUUUACUGCAGAGUUUGUCAAAAAAUCUUGCAUUUUACAGAUGAAUUCCUUGGUUUACAACAAAGGGCAAUAUUGUCUAUAAGCACGGCACACACACACCAAUUCUGCACCAUGAGCAGGUGGUGUUUAUACUGUAAAUGGCUCAGGAUGCUCAGAUAAUGGCAAAGGGGAUAUUUGCACUUUUCUGGUAAUUUUUAUUAUUAUUAUUAUUACAUAAAUAAAAAUUUAUAAUUCUGAAGAAAAGAAUGGCUGUUUGUUGUGAAUAAAUCCUUUAGCCAUUUAUAUACGCUGUUACUCAUUACAUUUCAUUAAAUCUCAGAGUUUCUCUAGGUUUCCAGUAAGGAGUUGCUCUAAAAACAACAAGGGUGUAUAUAUAUAUAGACUUACUGUUUACAAGGAAUUGUGUAAAAAUACCAGCUUUCCAUGGCUCAAAGCAUCAGUGGAAUUUUCAGUAUUAUAUAAGCCUAAAGAUCUAAGGAUAGUUCGAUCUGUAAGAUUAAAGAUGUUUUAUGGAGAGGUUUAUUGCUUCCAAUUUUAAUUUUAACCUUCUAAUCGUUGCAGCUUCAGUAAGAGAGAAGAAUUAAAGGUAAUGUGACUUCACAAAAGCUGAAACAAGUACCUAUGUUUAGCAAAAGCUAUAAUACAGCAUUUGACAGCAAGGAAUUUCAGAAAGAUACAUGUUAUCUUUCACUUUAAAAUCUAAUAAAACAGAAGAGGAAAAGAAGAGUGAAAAAUCAGUUUGAAAGAUGACACUGCUAUCCUGGUUUUCUAAACUUGUUUAAAUUAACAAUAUGCUUUAUUCUUGUUGCUAAUGGCUUAUAGCACAACUGUGAGGAUAAGCUUUGACACACUUCCUCACAUUUCAAAGGCCUAUUCUUAGCUAUGCCUGAGCAAUCUGAAACCACAAUGAUAAUGUGCAUUUUCUUUAUGGGCUCACAGAUUAUGAAAUUAUAUUAUUAUGAAAGGGCCAGAUGACCCUGGAGGGGCAAAAAAUUAUUGAAACCAUGGUGCCAUAGUCAGGACUUAGGUUACUCAGCCCUUUUCCCAUGCCCUGGCUUCCUGAGGGCAAUGGGGCCCAUCUGACAAAGCAGGGAAAAGAAUCUUUGGUCAGAGACUUGCCAAACUCCUCAAGAGGGCUUUAACUUAGAUUUGUUGAGGAAGGGUGUCUGUCCAUCCCAAUCCAGCCAGUCAAAUAUCAACACCUUUAAUCAAUGCCCAUCAUCAACAUCUCCUAUAGCAUCAACAUCUCCUAUAAAAGAAGAUCACUUUCAAUAUUUUUGCAAGUGUUAAGUUUGAAAAUAGUACUCAAGAAGACACAAAUUUAGGAACCUGUAUUCCUUUACAGUGUCUACAACUAGAAAUCCCUGCUAAGAAUCUAAAAGAAGACCAAGAAAAUAAAAGCACAAGGAAAUAAUUCUAGUCUUGCUUCUAAAGAAACUUCAUGGAAAACUGGUAGAACCAAAUAAGACAUUAAAAAAAUUACAGAGAACACAAUAGUACAAAAAGGAAAUUCUGUUUUUCUGAAUUAUUUUAUACCUUCUAAGUUCCUUACACUUUUUCCUGAAAUAAAGGCAUCCAAUUAUUUUUUAAUCUUUUCUAGUCCUUUUUACCUAUCAUCACCAUUUCCCAGCUCUGACUCCCAUUGUCACAAACAUUCACAAAGUUCUGGUCUCCUGGAAAACACAAAUCUUUCUAAUUACUCCUCAAGACUAACAGAUACUAGAACUCUUCUAAAUAUCACACUAGCAAGUGCAGCCUUCUGUUUUAAUAAUUUCUCUUUCAUCUUUGCGUUUUUGAAGGAUACCUAUUCCAUAUUACAAUCAGACUGCAAGAUACGUGACCCAGCAGAAGAAUGAUUUUACCUGGUCUCCUGAACAACAACAAGCUCUGCUCUGUGAGCUGGCCCAUUCCUGGAGUUUCCUGAAUUUUCAAGAAGCCUGUCCCCAUGCACUGGGCUUCUCUGGACAGUCUGUAGCACAAGAUGUGGUUGCAAGACUUUUUACCUAUUUGUUCCUCCAUUUCAGAGAGUAUCACAAAUGGCACUUUUGUAAACCUAACAUCAGUGAGUCUUAAAAGCUCAUCUUUGCAAGGAAAGAACUGUUCA